AUGCCCGAGUCUAAAUCCAUCAGCCUUCUUGUUCCUUCCGAGUUAUCUUCUCAGCAACAGAAUUUACAGGCUCAGAUACAACAAAUUGUCUCUCAGAAGGGCCACUUCCGCCAUGUGACGGAGCAAUCUCUUCGCAUCGACAUUCAGGGCAAAAAGUCUGCAAAUGAUCCAUUGACAGCAGACGCGCCCGCUUCUGCACAAGACGACAAAGACGACGACGAGACGCCACAGAAACACCAGGAGCGCCUUUGGAAGCGCAGAGAUGAGAUGCUCGAAAGGCUAAGUUACGCGCAAAAUGAGGUCUUAUGUGCACUCGACUUUGUCUCACUACUCAUAUCAAAGCAAUCAGUUCCAGCCCAGAGCUCCAUGUCACCAGCGCUGAAAGAGGCUGUGCCCAUAGGAACGCUUGCGACCCAUGUUCUACAGAACAAAGCACCAUCAGCAGCUCUUCGAAAACAGUUGAACCUGGCCUCUCAAGGUUGGAGAUCAGAAAGUUUCAAGUUCGCCUCGGAAAAGCUUUCGAAAGCCUCCACGAAACUAAAAGCGGAGGCUGAAAAGGAGUCCAAAUACUGGGCUCAGAUAGCUGAUCUCACCGCUCGUGGUUGGCCCGUGAGCAGACUGCCACGUGAUGCUAAAGCUAUCGGUGUCCACUUUGGCUUUCCGGAAGCCACACAGCAGUUUAGAGACCGAGGCUUCGCUCUCCUGCGUCAAUUGGACGAUGGCACUGUUAGCCUGGAUAUUCCACGAAGACGAAGGCGUCUGGGAGUAUCUAUCACUCGAGGGAACAAAACGACAGGCAUGUUCCAUUUCCGCGAGAUCAUGAAAGACCAAGACACAAACAUCGAUCAGCAGAUCACUGAAGCGCGGGACUCCCUAUUCGAAGAGGAACUGUUCUACGAGAUCAGCCGAGAGGCACGUUCGACAGCGAACCAAGGAAUCACGACGCGUGGGCAGCAUAUUGAGAUUGCUCUUGAUGCGCACUCUAAGCUGUCUCUCCUCUUCGGGGAAGACAAUGGAAGUAACGAGUCCAUGAGUCCACAGGACAACGAGACCGCCGAAUUUGUGGGGACUUCAUUGCGUCUCCUGCUCAAUGCAAUGCAUGAACAAAAUCUCGCCAGACGAUCACAACGGCCACCAGUUAUGACCCUCAAGCCUCGACCGAUUCCUGAAUAUGCCCUGAUCCGUCCAGUCAUAGGACAUCUCCGCCACCGAACGCAGCUGUCUGCUUUAUUGUCUUACUGCAAUGCACUGAUCCAGCCAUUCGCAAAGGCAGGUUUGCCAAUCACCCUUGAAACCAAAGAGUUCAGCGCCGAAGUGUUCAAAUCAUUGAAGAUUGAAUCCUCAGCGGCCAUCUUAGCAGACCUGGUGCUUCCAGCCAAAACAGCACUUGAACUAACUCUCACCGGCGGCCGACGUAUGCAAAUCGGACUAGCCACCUUCCUAGGUUCUCCACUCUACGGCUCCCGAUUUGAGACAUCAGAGGUAGAUUUUGAGUUCGCCAUUGCACCAUUUUCCCAGCAUGAGACAUUUGAGGCCUUCACAAUGUUCGUCCGUCACGCCCUCCUCCUUAAUCUCGUGGCGCACAUUGCAUCAUUAGCAACCAAGUCUGCAACCAAAACCCGGAAUACUGACCAUCGCGACUCCAGGAAUUGGAAAGUCUCCAGCCCGCACAUCGGCGAGCUCACGCUGUGGGAGGCAGGUGAAGCCAUCAAAAAGAUCCAAGUUGCCGUUCAUGCUCACUCCAUCAGCGUCAAACUCACCCCAAAGCCCACGCAUGAUGCGCCCAAGCAUAUCAUGUGGUCGUGGACCACGCAGGGCUCCUCGAAAGCCGACAGCUCGGGAGUUGCGCGAGCUGCGGGCAUGAAAUUCGACGAUGUGGUCAUCAAUGAGAUUUUGGGGCAGACGUAG